AUUGCAGUCGUCGUCGGUAUCAAGUGAAUGCGCGAAUAAUUCGCCAUUUUGCUUAACGCGCUUGUUCGAAUCAAUAAAUUUUUGGAAAAUUUGAGAACAUGGACUUGGGCGGUUGCGGCUUUUUGGAUCCACAGGCGCAAUUGGGUGCAGCUUUGGCCAAACGAGACUUACGAGAAUUUCAAACAGCGCUGGAUGCAGGCGCGCAACCCACACUGCCGGAUGAGCAGCAGCUGUGCAUCUAUGAGAAGGCGCUAGCCACGCCAGGAUGCGGCGAGUUCAUUAGAGCAUGUCUUAGCCGCGGCUGCAAUGUCAAUCAUAUUAAUCACAAGCACAACAAGGCAGCUAUAAGCUAUGCUGCUGACUCUAGAGAUGCGAGCAAUCUGGCUGCGCUGCUGAGCCAGCCAAAUGUGCAAGUGGAUCGCAAGUAUGGCCAGCUGACAGCGCUCAACUCACUGGCCAACAAUCUGACAGCGGACAAUGCCGGCCAAGUGCGCGAAUGCAUGCGGCUGCUGCUAGCGUAUGGCGCCUCGCCCAAUGCUGUGGAUCAGCGCGAGAUGACGCCACUGCAUCAUGUGCUUAAGAACAAUAAAAUCAGCGAUGCCAAGCUGGAGCUAGUGCAGCUAUUUCUAGCGCAGCCGCAGCUGGACAUAGACAGCUAUCGCAAUGGGCAGGUGCGACAAUUGUUGCAGGCACAGUAUCCGGAGCUGCAGCUGCCAGCGCAACGAGAAUCAAGUGGCGAAAUCGAUGCGGAGCGUUUGCUGCGUUACUUGCGCGACGGCGACGAGUCACAGUUUGAGCAGCUGCUGGCGGAGCAUCAGCUGAACAACAGCAACAAGGACAAUCUGCGCAAUGUUAUGCAGGAGCAGUACCAGCCGCUGCUGCAUGAGAGCAUCAAGCUGGGCAAGCAUCGUGCCUUCGAUGCGCUGCUCAACACCGGACUCAACAUCAACAGCUGCGCCAGCGGUGCAGCUACUCCCGUUGAGCUGGCUGUCAUUUGGGGCAACUGGCAUGCGCUGCAGCAGCUGCUGCAACAUCCAGAGCUGAAGCUUGCAGCGCGCUGCUCGCUGCUGCACGCUGUUAUUAGUCGACUGGAGGAGCCGCCACUGGAUCAUUACUGUGAUCAUCAGCGCUGCUUUGAGCUGCUGCUGGCCAGCGAGCAUGUGGACAUUAAUGCGCAGGAUGCCAGCGGCCAAGUGCCGCUCUACUAUGCGGUCAAGUAUCGCAACGAGCAGGCAGUGCAGACGCUGCUGCGCCAUGGCGCUUACAUAGGCGGCGUCAGCAGCUUUAAGGAGCUGCCCAUACAGCAUAUGACGCCGGAGCUGCUGGAGCAGCAUUUCGAUGCCUGCAUCACAACGAAUGCGCAAAAGCCGGGCGUGCAGGACUUUGAGAUUAUCAUCAACUAUAUGAAUCUGAUGCGCCGUGAGCAUGCGGAGCAGCAGUCGCCACGCAAGGCGAGCCCAAAGCAGCAGCUGCUGGACGAAAUGACGCCCAUUGCUUAUAUAGCGGAGUCAAAGGAGCUGCGACAUUUGCUACAGCAUCCGCUAAUCUCCAGCUUUUUGUUUCUCAAAUGGCAUCGCCUCUCGGUUAUAUUCUAUCUGAACUUUUUGUUCUAUACGUUCUUCACUGUUUCAAUUAUUACGCAUACGCUGCUGAAGUUCCAUGAGAGCGAAUACAAAGCGCUGACUGCACUCUUUGGACUCUGCUCGCUAAUUGGCAUUAUCUAUUUGAUACUACGCGAGGCUCUGCAGCUAAUCAUGUCCAGCUGGCGUUACUUUCGCUCUGUUACCAACAUCAUGGAGCUGGCGCUUAUUGUGCUCUCCAUUUUGACAGUAAUUGAGAGCAGCUACGACAAGGAGACGCAACGCGUGCUGGCGGUGUUCACUAUUCUGCUGGUUUCUGUGGAGUUUUGUCUGCUGGUUGGCUCGCUGCCGGUGCAGUCCAUAUCGACGCACAUGUUGAUGCUGCGCUCUGUGUGCAGCAGUUUCAUCAAGUGCUUUGGCCUCUACUCCAUAUUUGUGGUUACAUUUACGCUUUGCUUCUAUAUACUGUUCGGCAAGCCACAGGAGCAGGUGCCUGGCAGUAACCCAGGCAAAGAGCAAAAAUCUGAGGAUGGACGCUUCAAUACGUUCUCGGUGCCCAUUGAGGCGCUGAUUAAAACAAUUGUCAUGUUGACGGGCGAGUUCGAUGCUGGUGACAUUAAGUUCGACAGCUACUUUACUUACUUCAUCUUUUUGCUUUUUGUAUUCUUCAUGACCAUUGUGCUGUUCAAUCUGUUGAACGGCUUGGCUGUCUCCGAUACGCAGGCUAUUAAGGCGCAGGCGGAGCUCAAUGGCGCCAUUUGCCGCACAUACACUUUGCUGCGCUAUGAGCAGGUGCUGACUGGACGCGCUGGACGCAUUGGUCUCAUCGUGAACAGCGAGCCCUUUCGCACUAUAUGCCAGCGUCUGCUCAACAUUUAUCCCAACUGUUUGCCUGUGCGUCAGAUCUCUAUACUGCCCAAUGAUGGCAACAAGGUGCUCAUACCUUUCACAGACGUCUACGAGCUUAAAGAGCUCGGCAAUGACGCGGGCAAGUCGAAGGCCAGCUUUAAGCCACUGGCUACAAAUGCUGCAGCGGAGCAGCAAAAGAAGCUGCUCGAUCCGCCACUUAAGUUUAUGUCUUGCUGCUGUUCCUACUUCGCCGGCAAGUGCUCCACCAUUGACAGCCGCACGGUCAAGCUGGCGCUGGCGCUCAUCGAUCAGAAAUGCUGCGCUGAAGCGCGACGCAAGCGGGAACAGUUCACGGAGCGACGUCUGCAGCAGAUUGAGGAGAAGCUGGAUGCGCUGCUGCAGCUGUACCAGAAGCAAAAUUAAAACCUACCCAUUGCAUUUAUGGAAUGUACUGCUGAAUAUACUUUGUAGUCAGAAAUUGUUUUUAUUAACAUACGAAUAUAUAAAUGUUAUUAAAUUUAACAAAAACCUAAAAGAUCUAAAAACCGAAUGGAAUUAUUCACUAUUAUAAUAGGUAAGUUCUGUUCAGAAUAUAUGUAUAUGCUAUACUUAUAUACAAUUCGUAACUAAAAACAAAAAUCAAUUGGUUUAUUUAUUUGCGCUGCGCGAUUUGCUUGCUACCUCUUAAUUUUCGUUUUUCUGUUUCUUUGGUACUUUGAAUCGUUUCUUGCACAGUGGUACAAUGUUGAGUUUUUAAAAUUGGUUUGUCGACUGCUGUUAAUAAAUUUUUGACUUUUGAUAAGUAUACGUAUAAGUAAGUAGUAUAA